GACAUCGUUCCAAGACCGAAGUUGUUUUGUUCGGAUCGUUUUCUCGGAAAACAUCUCGUAACCUCACACCUCACAAAAGUCUAUGAAACCUUAACCCUCUCUCUCUCGAUCUCUCGAUAUAUGCAAUCAUCUUUUGGAUUAUAUAGAUUGAAUUUCUACGUACAUACGAGGAAGAGGAUUGCAGCUCGAUGAAUACGUCGCAGUUCAUGGACAAGCAGAUCAUGGAUCUAUCGAAUUCGAAUUUGCAGAGCAAUAAUAACAACGACUUCAUCGAUCUUAUGAACCCUCAAGAGGACCACCACGUCGGUGGUGGUGGUAGUAGUUAUGGUAAGAAAGAGGAGAUCGUUCCGAAUUACGAUUUCCAGCCAAUUCUCCCAAUCGGAUCAUCGUCCCAGCCUUCCAAUGCUGAUUCGAGCAAUGUUAGUGGAACUAGGGCUUGGAAUUCGGCUGAUUCCAAAACCAACACGACUGGCAUCAGAAAUUAUGGCUCUGUUGACUCUUUUGAACCUGCAAAAGUCCUUUCGGAGAAGGAUCGUGGCAUCAUUGACGAUGCUUUGGUGUCUGAGAUUGAUCGGAUAAUGAAGAGACAUGCUGAUAAUCUGCUACAUGCAUUGGAAGGUGUCAGUGCACGACUAUCACAGCUAGAGAGCAGAACUCGCCAUCUUGAAAAUUCUGUGGAUGACUUGAAGGUAUCUGUUGGAAACAAUCAUGGAAGCACUGACGGGAAAAUGAGGCAGCUGGAGAAUAUUCUUAGAGAGGUACAAACUGGUGUACAAGUCAUAAGGGAUAAGCAAGAAAUAAUGGAUGCUCAGCUGCAGCUUGUAAAGCUGCAGGCUGUGAAUGUAGAGCAGCAAACAGAAACCCUGAACAAUAUGCACAUGGAUUCUGUGCAGCAGACAGCAUCUGCUCCUCAGCAACAACACUUUCCUCCUGUAGCUCAUACACAGCCACCUCCUACUCUUCCACUGCCUAAUGCUCCUCCACCUCCCCCACUACAGAAUCUGCCAUCUCAGGUUCAGCUUCCGAGCCAAUUCGCGCACAACCAAAUACCUUCUGUCCCACAACGAGAGUCUUACUUCCCACCUCCUGGUCCAACGCCAGAAGCUCAAAAUCAGCCAUACCAAAUGCCUCCACAGCAGCUUCAGCCCUCUCCCCCAGCACCACCACCGCAACAAUAUCAGCCGGUACCUCACCAACAGUAUUCUCAGCCACCUCCGCCUCCUCCACAACACCCCUCUCUGUCAGCUGUUAAUCCCCCUCCCCCCCAAAUUCGACCUCCAUUAGGCCAUCAUCCUGAAGAACCGCAAUAUAUACCGCCUCAGAAUUAUCCACCUGGCAUGCACCAACCUCCUCCUCAUCCAUCCAGUGGAGUCCCUCCCUCACCACCGUUUUAUGGGACUCCAUCACACAUGUAUGAGCCACCAUCUAGCAGGCCCGGUCCAGGAUUUUCUGGUACAUAUAGCUCAUCAUCCGGGUCUGGUGAACCAUUUCCUUACAGUGGACCAGCUUCUCAGUAUGGCAGUGGCUCCCCUGUGAAAGCACAGCAACUGUCCUCUAAUGCAGUGGGCCAGAGUGGUGGAAGCAGCUACCCUCAACUCCCCACUGCUCGGAUAUUACCACAUGCACUGCCUACUGCUUCUGGGGUUGGUGGUGGGUCUGGUUCUACUGGCUCGGGAAACAGGGUUCCUAUCGAUGAUGUGGUCGACAAAGUGACCCAUAUGGGAUUCUCAAGAGAUCAGGUGAGAGCCGCAGUUAGAAAGUUGACGGAGAAUGGACAGUCAGUCGAUUUGAAUGUGGUACUGGACAAGUUGAUGAAUGAUGGGGAAGGCCAGCCCCAGAGAGGUUGGCUUGGUCGGUAAUAUGUUUCUUCUUAACGUGCUUUGUAUAGAAGGGGGAUCACUCGUCUCUGCAUCAACUUUGCUGAAAGGAAACAUUUGCUUGGAUAUUGCGAGUGUUCGUGUUUAAUAAUUUUAAUCUUUCAUGACUUAUAAUUUCUGAAAGACUCUAGUUCUUUACCUGUUCAGUUGUGGUUUGUGGCUCCUUUUUUCCUUCGGUUUCUUUUUCACCUUGCAUUGUAAACAAUAUUUGGAAGCGAACAGUCUAUUUUCUUCAACAUUGGUCGCCUCGAGGCUUUGAUUUGUUAUUGCAUCCACUCUAUUUGAAUCGAGUUCAGCUGCGUGGGAGUUUUAUGUGGUUCAUCGUUUGGCUGGUUCGAUGCAGUACCCAACUGAUGACAAUCCUCUCUCUUUCAAAGGACCUAUGUGACUUUUAAUACGAGUGACAAUCUUUGUCUGUAUCUUAUGUAGUUAAACAGUUGACUCUCCAAUGA